CUAUUUGAACCUGGACGCGGGGAAAGGCUCCCAGGACAAUAUCCUGCUGGAAUCCCGGUUUGGGUCUCCGUGCGCCAUGGAGGGCGAGGUCUCAGGGGAUGACGUGCUGAUGCAGAAGCUCAAGAAAAGCCGCCACCGCUUCCAGAGGCACAUGCAACAGCUGCUGGAGAAGUACAACCAACCCUUCGAGGAUGCCCCGGUGGUGCAAAUGUCCACGCUGACCUACGAGACUCCCCAGGGAUUGAGAAUUUGGGGUGGAGGACUAGAAAAGGAGAAAAGCAAAGGACAAAUCCAGGUAUUUAAUGGCUCCCCGGAGCACACAGUCGGCAGGAAAGAUGGCACCGUGCAAGCCACAGCUGGAGGUGACGAACUGCCCGUGCCCUACACACAGGACCUGGGAGAGGAUUCAAAAAGCAGUGAUGUUGAUGCAACUUUAUACCAGGAAGAUCUGGCUGCUGGGGCCUUAAUGCCUGCAGUGCCUUGGAGCCCUUUGAAAGAUGAGUUAAGAAGGAAAUACUUGACCCAAGUGGACAUACUGCUACAAGAUAAAGGAUGUGCAGAGUGUGAUCAUGGAGACGGAAACGACACAUGUGUGACCCUGGUCCCUUCGCUGGCCUCACCUCCCAGGCCUGCCCAUGGAUACUGUGGCCAUGUCUCUGAAGACAGUCCUUUUGAGCCAGCUGCAUCUUCACACCUUUGCUCCCCAGACACAGUCAUAGUGCCCAGAAAUGACAGUGUCUCAUUGCAAGAGACCAGUGGUCACAGCUUCUUGAGCAGCCAGUCCUUUGUGGCUGGUGACAUUUGCAACGUGACCAUCAGCGACCUGUAUGCGGGCAUGCUGCACUCGAUGAGCCGGCUGCUGAGCUCAAAGCCCUCGUGUGUCAUCUCCACCAAAACCUUCAUUGUUCGAAACUGGAGCUCUCGGAGGAGACACGGGUGCAAGAGCAGAAUGAACAGAACAUAUUGCAGAGGCGGCAGGCACGCACGGAGGGACUCCCAGGCAACACUCGUGCCCUGCUCUGAGCCUGUGAAAGAGGUGGGGGUUUUAAGAGAGAGCCAGAACUUCCGAGAUCUUUCUGGCCAGAAGGCAGGAUUGAAAUUGGAAAAAGCUUUUCCUGAAGUAAACAAACUCCAAAUCUCAAAGGAGCUUAAGGGAACACCCCGGAAGUUGUCUUCAUUAACUUAUGUGGACUCUAGUGUAACACCUCGUCUUGAUCGGGAAAAUAGAUUAAUGACAUUAAAGUGGUUAAUUUCUCCUGUAAAAGUAGUUUCCAGAUCAAGAAUGCUGCAGGGCGAGGGAGGGAAUCAUUACAGGGCGUUCGAUAGCAAAUUUAAGAAACUUCACCAGGAAUAUUGCCAAAGCCCCAGGAAGCAGCUAGCCCUGCCCUACCUCCCCAGCUCCUCCUCCUUUGGGGUGGAUGUGCUCAGAAGUGGUCUAGCAAGCCCCAGGAGCCCCCAGGGCUUAGAAACCCACCGGCCAAGUAGACCUCUCAGCAAAGCAAAAGUGAAGAGUCUGAAUGAGGCUUUUAAAAACCUGGGCAGACAGGCUAUCGACACAGGAAUAUGCCUGCCCCAAAGUGACUCAUCUGCAUCAUUUUCGAAGACCGACCCCACAUGGAGCCCAAGCUGCUCUGACCCCACCGCUGAUCUUUUCCGAGAAAAUCCUCUUGGAAUACUUAGGAAGCCAGUGGCACUCAGCAAAGCUAUUUCAGUACCCGGGGUACAUCCUCUAGGCUCUGCAAAAGAUCGUUAUGAUGGAAUCAAGGAGAAAUUUGACCAGCUGCAUCAGCAGUAUUGCCAAAAAUCACCUCAGCGGGCGAAGGUGCCUUUUUGUGCUGAAGCAUCUCCAGAUGAAGCAAGUGUGAAAGUUCAGAAUCAGACAGAAGCCUUCUUUAAAAAAUUAGAUCCAGACUCUGGCUUACUGGGACCCCGAAAGUUGUCACCAUCACUGCAGCGGAGCAUCAGAAGUUCACGGGACUCGACCACAGUUGAGCUCCAUCCAUCUCCGUGGUUCGAGCUGGCCGCCAGCUGUGGGCCUCAGCCCCAGGCGAAAAGACGCCGCUUAUCAGACCCUCAGGUGUGUGGAAGGUGGGCAGAGUCCCAGGAUCCCUCUCGCAUGGUGGGCCCGGCCUUCCUGAGGCCAGGGGAAGAGGUCUGCUCUUCCCCCGACUGGAAAGGGAAGAGGAAAGAGCACAUCUUUCAGGAUGGAAGAUAAGUGAUUUUGUGUUAGAAAACUAGAAGCUGAAAAUCUACAAUCAAGUUUUUUAGGGCAUUGUCCCACUGCCCCUUUAUUCUGUUUGUGUGUUUGUGCGUGUUUUUUUUUAAUUCUCAAGACUUAGAAAUUGCUUCAGUUAUCUCCCCUUCAAAGCAGAUUUCAAUGAAAUUGGUUUCAUUGACAUGACUGACAGGUUCUUGGUGUAGAAAUUAUUGGAAUAAGGUUGCUCAAUGAAAAGUAUUAAUGGUA